AAAUGUACAUAAUAUAAGCAACAUGAAGGCUGUUUCCUUACCAGAAUGUCCUUGUCAUGCCUGUGGUGACUAAGUCUUGUUGCAAAUGUGCAAUUGGCUCCCUGUUUCUCAUUGCAUUUGGGGUCGUGGAUCAACAAUUAAAAUUUUGAAGGUCAAACUUUCUGAUGGUGGUGACAAGCCAUGGCGACAGAUGAUAAAGUUGCCAUCUUAACCGAUGAUGAAGAGGAACAGAAGAGAAAAUAUGUGCUUGCUGAUCCCUUUAAUGGUGUUUCCAGGGAACCAGAACCAUCUUCAAAUGAAACACCCUCCUCCACAGAAACAGCAGCUAUUCCUGAGGAGGAUAUAGACUGGAUAGAAAAACACUGUGUUAAAAUAAACAACGAUCUUCUGAUUUCCAAGGUCUUUUAUUUUUUCUUCUACUCUGCAUAUGGCUCUCUUUACCCACUUUUGCCUGUGUAUUAUAAACAACUGGGAAUGUCACCUAGCCAGAGUGGAUUGCUAGUAGGUAUUCGAUACUUCAUUGAAUUCUGUAGUGCCCCCUUUUGGGGUGUAGUUGCAGAUCGCUUUAAAAAAGGCAAAAUUGUCCUCCUCUUUUCUCUCUUGUGUUGGGUUUUAUUCAACCUGGGCAUUGGAUUUGUCAAACCGGCUACCUUGAGAUGUGUACCAAAGAUACCCCCAACAGUUCACCCCACCAAUUCAAGUCACCUGCUGACUAUCCUGCCAACAAAUUCUUCCAUUAUCUCUUCCAAGAUCACAUCACCAAGAAUGCGUGAGAAAAGAAACCUGCUACUUUCCAAUGGGCCAGUGAUAUUAGAAACAGGGCCCAAUAGCACAGCUGUCAUCUUUUCGACAGCUCCAAACAUGACCAGUGCACCCACUCUGCAGCCUCAGAUGGAUGAAAUUACAGACCAUGUUAUGGACUUGACCUUGAACCCAAGCACAGCAACCCUUGCCCCAUCAAGAAAUGUAACCAGGGAGACAACCACUGCUAUUGUCACUACCACCAAAUCUUUACCUUCUGACCAAGUCACUCUUGUUUAUGAUCAACAAGAAGUAGAAGCUAUAUUCUUGGUAAUCUUGGUAGUUGUCAUAAUAGGAGAAUUUUUCAGUGCCUCUUCGGUCACCAUUGUGGACACGGUAACACUCCAGUAUCUGGGGAAACACAGAGACCGCUAUGGAUUGCAGCGCAUGUGGGGCUCCCUGGGCUGGGGCCUGGCGAUGCUGUCCGUGGGCAUCGGGAUUGAUUACACCCACAUCGAGGUGCUCAUUGACGGGAAGGGGUGUAAGCCCCCUGAGUACCGAAACUAUCAGAUUGUCUUCAUUGUCUUUGGCGUUCUCAUGACCAUGGCCUUGAUUGUUGCUACUCAGUUCCGGUUCCGCUAUAACCACUUCAAAAAUAAUGAAAAUGAAGGGAAAGAGGUGGAGAUCCCUCAGGUGGAGAGGAACAGCUCCACAGAGUCCUCUGAGGAGACACCGACCAUGGCAAGCCACUCGCAGGCCUUCAGCUUUUGGGAUUUAAUCAGACUGCUGUGCAGUGUGCAGUAUGGCUCAGUGUUGUUCGUGGCUUGGUUUAUGGGCUUUGGAUACGGCUUCGUGUUCACAUUUCUCUACUGGCAUUUGGAAGAUCUGAAUGGAACCACAACUCUCUUUGGGGUGUGCUCAGUCCUGAGUCAUGUGUCUGAGCUGACAGCUUAUUUUUUUAGUCACAAGCUUAUUGAAUUGAUUGGCCACAUCAGGUAAGAACAUGCUUACUAUAUCUGCCCCAUAGCAAUUGAGCCU